ACAUUACUUAUUUUAACCUAUAAAAAACCGACUAUUACGUAUGCAAGAGGUAAUGUAGAGAGGUUAAUCAACACAAGCUUAUAUACCGAUAGACCCAUGGUAGGAACACAGUGUGUUGAAUACUUGCUUGCUUUGUAGUUUAUGUAUAAAGUCCAUCUUAUUUAAAUAACCUUUUAUUAACUUUUAUUUGCGACGUAACUUGAACAGUGCUAUAAGGUUUGGAUAAAGUAUACCCAGUAUUUGUAUUCGAGGACUAAAAACUUCUUUAUUUCUCUAUAGAUCGCAUUUGUUUCCAAAGAAAUAUUGGAUACAAGUAUGUAUAUUAUUUUUAAACUAAUUUAAUUAGUAAAAAAACAUGCAGAAAACAUUUCUUCUUUUGAACAAUGUUCAAACCCAAGUAAUAAUUGAAGGCCAAUGGGUCGAAGAAAGUUUCCAAGAUGAUAAAAAGAAUGUGGUAAUUGUUAUUCCUGGAAAUCCAGGAGUUCCACAAUUUUAUGAAGGUUUUAUUAAAUCUCUUAGCAAUAGAUUGCCUUUUGGAACUCCAAUUUGGGUCGUUGGACAUGCUGGCCAUGUGGAACCUUCUAAAGAUUUAAAAAUAAACGUGCCUAGUGACAAAGAAUGGCACAAAUAUUAUGGUUUGUCUGCACAAGUAGAACAUAAGAUACAAUUCAUAAAGAACUAUAUUCCAAAUGAUGCAAAAAUAUAUCUGAUAGGUCAUUCUAUUGGAAGUUGGUUUAUAUUAAAUUUGUUAAAAGAUGAGGAUAUCUCUAAGAAAGUAGAAAAAUGUUAUUUGCUUUUUCCUACAAUUGAAAAUAUGGCAGAUACUCCGAAUGGACAAUUUUUAACACGUAUUGUCUUUAACAUAGCCAGCUUGUUGAUCUUUUUAACUUGGAUUUUCACAUUAUUCCCUCGUUUUUUGCAAAUAUUUUUAAUACGUGUAUUUGGUAUAUUUUAUGGUAUACCUGCUAAAUCAAUUAAUGCAGUAAAUCUCUUGUUGCAACCUCGUAUACUUAAAAGAGUGUUUAGACUUGCGGAUGAGGAAAUGAAAGAAGUAAAGGAACUUGAUCAUAAUAUCAUUGAUGAACAUGCACGUAAACUUUGGCUUUACUAUGGUGCAAAAGAUCAAUGGACCCCAGUUAGUUAUUACAACAACAUGAAAGCUAAACAUGAUAAUGUAGAAGCAUAUCUUUGUAAAUUUAACUUUCCUCAUUCUUUUGUUUUGAAUCAUGACAAAGAUGUAGGUGAAAUGAUAGGUGAUUCUAUCAAUCAAAAUAUUUCAAAUUCUAAAUAAUAUGGUGAUUAGGAUGGUAGUAAUUCCAUUUAUAUAUUCAU